UUGAUUUGAUAUUUCGAAAAUUAAAGACUUUAGAGUAGAGAUCCAAAGUUUUUAGCCGAAAAAAUGGGUCUUUCUAGCACAAUUUAUAAUUCCAUUUUUAAAAGAACGUCAACAAUGGCAUUAGCUGUUGUUGUUUCUGCAUUUUUCUUCGAGCGAACUUUCGAUUUAGCAACAGAUACCUUGUUUGAAAGAUAUAAUGAAGGGAAAUUAUGGAAACACAUCAAGGCCAAAUACGAGGAAGAAUAAGUAAUAAUUAUUUUGUGUUAGUAUAAUUUAUUGUAAAUAAAAAAACUACCCAU